AUGAUGUUCAAACUGUCGCUCAUUGCUCUGCUCGUUGGUGUCGUGGCUCUAGUCCAUGCGGAUAAUAUUAACCGCGAUGCAUCGAUUCUUUCCUUGAAAAAUACUGAGCCCGAUGCCGAGGGUAACUAUCAGUUUGCCUAUGAGACCAGCAAUGGCAUACAGACCCAGGAGGCUGGCAACGCCAAUGGAGUUACCGGUGCCUUUACUUUCAUCUCCCCAGAGGGUGAGCCAAUCUCCUUGAGCUAUGUUGCCGAUGAAAAUGGAUUCCAGCCAUCUGGUGCUCAUUUGCCAACACCUCCACCCAUUCCUGAGGCUAUCCUGAGGGCAUUGGAAUAUAUUGCUGCCCAUCCACAACAGCUGGAGUAAGUCGAGUGCUAUUGCCCUUUCAUAAUAGCGCCUAGUCAACACCAAGAAA